ACUUUCCUUUCAUCCUUUAAACAUGAUGAAUUACGUGAGGAACCAGACAAUUGACGAAACAUCUUUAUAUUCUUUUCAUUUUGGCUUCGAAAGAAAUUUCGAUGUUAGAGCUGGAAAACAAUGGUUUAAAUAUAAAUGGCAUCAUUGCAUCUACUACAUUUUCGCAUAUUUAAUUCUAAUAUACGGGGGACAGAAAUAUAUGAAAAAUCGCCCACCGUUUAAUAUGAAACCAUUGUUAAUUAUUUGGAAUUUGGUUCUUUGCACGUUCCACACUUUAGCGGCAAUUAGGAUACUUCCAGAGUUUAUAUAUGCUUUAUAUUAUUUUGGUUUCACUUAUUCUAUUUGCAGAUCGACUCAUGUAGAAUUGAAAACCACAACGUUCUGGAACUUAAUGUUUCUGUGGUGUAAAGUACCAGAGUUAUUUGACACGGCUUUUCUUAUUUUUCGUAAAAGAAAAAUCAUUUUUAUGCACUGGUUUCAUCACGCCGUAAGUCUGUUCGUUUGUUGGUACAUUGCUUCGGAACCGAAUGCCGUAAGUAGAUGGUACUCUUCGAUGAAUUUGGCCGUUCAUUCUUUGAUGUAUGGAUACUACGCUGUUACAUCGAUGCAAAUUUCUAUGCCCAAAUUCGUUCCCAUGUUCGUUACUACUAUGCAAAUACUACAAAUGAUAUUGGCAACUUUCGUCACAGUAUGGAGCUUCGUUUACUUUAAAUUGUACAGAACUUGCGAGUUAACCGAAUCUAGAAUUUACGUUGCUCUCUUUAUCUAUACUCUUUAUUGUUAUUUAUUUGUAAGAUUUUUCUAUAAUGCCUACCUACAAAAAUCUAUAUCUAAGAAGAAAGUUUCGCAUAUGGAAUAAUUUUAAAUUAAUUAGUAUAUAUAUUACAAUACACAUGUGCGCCAUUUAACUGAAUG